GUUUCUAAGCGCCGCGAUCUCGCCUAGUAACCCGCCGCCACCGGUCGAAAGCUGUGUUGUGGCCCCGCCCCCGGAGCCACCGCUGGAGAAGAACCUGUCUUUCGCGGCGCUCCAGUGACGAAGCCCAUUGUCGGGUGCGGGAGGCGAGUAGGGGAGGGCAGGCAGAGGAUUUUGCUCGCUCGUGCGAGAACCGGGACGUGCAGCCGGCGCCCGCUCCGAGCAGAGAUAUAGACUGUCAGUUUUGGAUCCAAGGAUAGUGAUGGCAAAGCUUACCCCGGCUCCCUGUCAAAUCAAAGCUGUCACAGAAUAAAUCCCGCUGCCUGCUGUGAAGCCCCCGCGCACUGCAAACUUCAGUGAGCAGACUGGGUAAUCAGUGUUUGGAUAUGCAGAUCCCUGAUUUAAAAGGCGGGGUGACCCCGCCAAGAACCUCUCCCGGGGGCCGAAGCCCGCAGGUGCAGUGAGGCGUGCGCGCGGGUGCUGGCGCCCGCGAAGACUCCUCGCCCGGGGAGAGAGAGCCGGGGCGCCCGGCGGGGUCUGGCGGCCGCGCACCGGCGGCUUGUCUCCGGCGGCGGCGGAUGAUGGUGGUGGCCGGCGCGCUGGGCUGUGUCUGUGCGUCGCCGCGGAAAUCAGCGCCCGGCGCUGCACACUGAGCCCUUGCAGGUCCUCCGCAGCCCGAGCCUUGGCGAGGACAGACUAGGGGCGCAGGGGCCGCGGAGCGCGCGCAGGGGGACCGGGGGCGCUGGGGUCGGCUUAUCAUGGCGGAUCGGACAGCUCCCAGCUGCCAGCUCCGGCUGGAGUGGGUGUACGGGUACCGGGGUCACCAGUGCCGCAACAACCUGUACUACACCGCCGGCAAGGAGGUGGUCUACUUUGUGGCGGGGGUCGGGGUGGUUUACAACACCCGCGAGCACAGCCAAAAAUUCUUCCUGGGACACAACGACGACAUUAUCAGCCUUGCCUUACACCCAGAUAAAACUCUCGUUGCAACUGGCCAAGUUGGGAAGGAGCCGUAUAUAUGUAUAUGGGAUUCCUAUAAUGUCCAGACUGUGUCUAUUCUUAAAGAUGUUCAUACACAUGGAGUCGCCUGCCUGGCUUUUGACUCAGAUGGACAGCGUUUAGCCUCUGUGGGAUUGGAUGCCAAAAACACAGUCUGCAUCUGGGACUGGAGGAGGGGAAAACUUCUGGCUUCAGCCACUGGCCACUCCGACCGGAUUUUUGAUAUUUCCUGGGAUCCAUAUCAGCCAAACAGAGUGGUUAGCUGUGGAGUAAAACAUAUAAAGUUCUGGACACUAUGUGGAAAUGCCCUAACUGCAAAAAGAGGGAUAUUUGGCAAAACAGGGGAUCUUCAGACCAUCCUUUGCCUUGCAUGUGCCAAAGAUGAUAUCACCUAUUCUGGUGCUUUAAAUGGUGACAUCUAUGUCUGGAAAGGGCUCAAUUUAGUCCGCACCAUUCAAGGAGCACACAGUGCUGGAAUCUUUAGCAUGUAUGCUUGUGAAGAAGGCUUUGCCACCGGUGGACGAGAUGGGUGUAUACGAUUAUGGGAUACUGAUUUCAAACCAAUAACCAAAAUUGAUCUCAGGGAGACAGAACAAGGAUAUAAAGGCCUCUCUAUCCGGAGUGUGUGCUGGAAAGCAGACCGCCUCUUAGCAGGCACCCAGGACAGCGAGAUAUUUGAAGUGAUCGUUCGUGAGCGAGACAAACCGAUGCUGAUCCUGCAAGGCCACUGUGAGGGGGAGCUCUGGGCUCUGGCCCUGCACCCCAAGAAGCCACUGGCUGUGACAGGUAGUGAUGACCGCUCUGUCAGGCUGUGGAGCCUGGCUGACCGUGCCCUGAUCGCCCGCUGUAACAUGGAGGAAGCAGUUCGCAGCGUUGAUUUCAGCCCAGACGGAUCUCAGUUGGCCUUGGGCAUGAAAGACGGCUCUUUCAUUGUUCUCCGAGUCAGAGACAUGACAGAAGUGGUUCACAUCAAAGAUCGCAAAGAAGUAAUUCAUGAAAUGAAAUUUUCUCCAGAUGGAUCUUAUCUUGCAGUGGGGUCCAAUGAUGGCCCAGUAGACGUCUAUGCUGUUGCCCAGCGGUAUAAGAAAAUAGGAGAAUGCAACAAGUCUCUUAGUUUCAUUACGCACAUUGACUGGUCUUUGGAUAGUAAAUACUUGCAAACUAAUGACGGUGCAGGAGAACGACUGUUCUACAAAAUGCCAUCUGGGAAGCCUUUAACAAGUAAAGAAGAAAUCAAAGGGAUUCCCUGGGCCUCCUGGACAUGUGUGAAAGGUCCUGAAGUGAGUGGAAUUUGGCCAAAAUACACUGAUGUGACUGACAUCAAUUCAGUGGAUGCAAAUUAUAACAGCUCAGUGCUGGUAUCUGGAGAUGAUUUUGGACUGGUUAAAUUAUUUAAAUUUCCUUGUCUCAAGAAAGGAGCCAAAUUUAGAAAGUAUGUGGGCCAUUCUGCACACGUCACAAAUGUCCGCUGGUCCCACGAUUUUCAGUGGGUAUUAAGUACAGGAGGAGCUGACCACUCAGUUUUCCAGUGGAGAUUUAUUCCAGAAGGUGUCAGCAAUGGCCUGUUGGAAACUGCACCCCAGGAAGGUGGCUCUGAUUCCUACAGCGAAGAAUCUGAUUCGGAUUUAUCUGAUGUGCCAGAGUUGGACUCUGAUAUUGAGCAGGAAACUCAAAUCAGUUACGAUCGCCAGGUUUACAAAGAAGAUCUACCUCAGCUAAAGCAACAAAGUAAAGAGAAAAACCAUGCAGUGCCCUUCCUCAAACGAGAAAAGGCUCCCGAGGACAGCUUGAAACUCCAGUUCAUACAUGGUUACAGAGGCUACGACUGUAGAAACAAUCUGUUCUACACACAAACUGGAGAAGUGGUCUAUCACAUUGCUGCAGUUGCUGUUGUGUACAACAGGCAACAACACUCCCAGAGGCUGUAUCUGGGGCAUGAUGAUGACAUACUCAGCCUGACCAUCCAUCCAGUGAAGGACUAUGUGGCCACCGGGCAGGUUGGAAGAGAUGCUGCUGUUCAUGUGUGGGACACACAAACUUUGAAAUGUAUGUCGCUUUUGAAAGGACAACAUCAGAGAGGAGUAUGUGCGCUGGAUUUCUCAGCUGAUGGAAAAUGUCUGGUGUCAGUUGGUUUAGAAGAUUGUCACAGCAUUGUGUUUUGGGACUGGAAAAAGGGAGAAAAGAUAGCAACAGCAAGAGGACAUAGAGAUAAAAUAUUUGUGGUAAAGUGUAACCCACACCAUACUGAGAAACUGGUUACAGUUGGGAUGAAGCACAUCAAAUUCUGGCAACAAGCAGGUGGGGGCUUCACAUCUAAAAGAGGGAUUUUUGGAAGUGCUGGAAAAUUGGAAACAAUGAUGUGUGUUUCUUACGGGCGAAUGGAGGAUCUAGUGUUCUCUGGAGCAGCGACUGGAGAUAUUUUUAUUUGGAAAGAUAUUCUACUACUAAAGACAGUGAAAGCUCAUGAUGGGCCUGUGUUUGCUAUGUAUGCAUUGGAUAAGGGUUUUGUAACAGGUGGAAAGGAUGGAAUUGUGGAGCUCUGGGAUGAUAUGUUUGAGAGAUGCUUGAAGACUUACGCCAUUAAAAGAGCAGCAUUGUCGACUAGCUCAAAAGGUUUGCUUUUGGAAGAUAACCCUUCGAUUCGUGCCAUCACUUUGGGACAUGGACAUAUCCUGGUGGGAACAAAAAAUGGAGAGAUCUUGGAAAUUGAUAAAAGUGGCCCAAUGACUCUGCUUGUUCAGGGGCACACAGAAGGAGAAGUGUGGGGGCUGGCAGCUCACCCUUUCCUGCCCAUCUGUGCAACAGUGAGUGAUGAUAAAACGCUUCGGAUCUGGGAAUUAUCCUCCCAGCACCGUAUGCUGGCAGUUCGGAAACUCAAAAAAGGUGGAAGAUGCUGUGCCUUCUCCCCUGAUGGGAAAGCCUUAGCAGUUGGCUUGAAUGAUGGGAGUUUCCUGGUUGUAAAUGCUGACACUGUUGAAGAUAUGGUAUCCUUCCAUCACAGAAAAGAAAUGAUCUCUGAUAUUAAGUUUUCAAAAGAUACAGGAAAAUACCUUGCUGUGGCAUCCCAUGAUAACUUUGUGGAUAUUUACAACGUGCUCACAAGCAAAAGGGUGGGCAUCUGUAAAGGUGCUUCUAGUUAUAUUACACAUAUUGACUGGGACUCCAGAGGAAAAUUAUUGCAAGUUAAUUCGGGUGCCAAAGAACAACUCUUUUUUGAAGCACCAAGAGGCAAACGGCACAUCAUAAGACCUUCAGAGAUUGAAAGGAUAGAAUGGGACACAUGGACCUGUGUCCUGGGGCCCACCUGUGAGGGAAUCUGGCCGGCUCAUAGCGAUGUGACUGAUGUAAAUGCUGCCAGCCUUACCAAAGAUUGUUCCCUCUUAGCCACUGGAGAUGAUUUUGGUUUUGUUAAGCUUUUUUCAUAUCCUGUCAAGGGCCAGCAUGCAAGGUUCAAGAAGUAUGUGGGGCACAGCGCACACGUCACCAACGUGAGAUGGCUGCACAACGACUCUGUGCUGCUCACAGUAGGUGGCGCCGACACAGCCUUGAUGAUCUGGACGCGGGAGUUUGUGGGGACUCAGGAGAGCAAGUUGGUGGACAGUGAGGAGUCAGAUACUGAUGCAGAGGAGGAUGGAGGCUAUGACAGUGACGUCGCCAGAGAGAAGGCUAUUGAUUACACCACCAAGAUCUAUGCUGUGAGCAUCAGGGAAAUGGAAGGCACCAAGCCACACCAGCAGCUGAAAGAAGUUUCAGUGGAAGAAAGGCCGCCCGUCAGCAGAGCAGCUCCCCAGCCUGAGAAACUCCAGAAGAACAACAUCACCAAAAAAAAGAAGCUGGUAGAGGAGCUGGCUCUCGACCAUGUGUUUGGCUACAGAGGAUUCGACUGUCGCAAUAACCUGCAUUACCUGAAUGACGGGGCCGACAUCAUCUUCCACACGGCAGCAGCUGGCAUCGUUCAGAACCUGUCCACAGGGAGCCAGAGCUUCUACCUGGAGCACACAGAUGACAUCCUCUGCCUCACAGUGAACCAGCACCCCAAAUACCGAAACGUGGUGGCCACCAGCCAGAUAGGAACGACACCUUCCAUCCACGUGUGGGAUGCCAUGACCAAACACACGCUCUCCAUGUUGAGGUGCUUCCACUCAAAGGGGGUGAACUACAUCAACUUCAGUGCGACUGGAAAGCUGCUUGUCUCGGUGGGAGUGGACCCUGAGCACACCAUCACUGUCUGGCGUUGGCAGGAAGGUGCCAAGGUUGCCAGCCGAGGGGGUCACCUGGAGCGCAUAUUUGUGGUGGAAUUUCGGCCCGACUCAGACACACAGUUUGUGUCUGUUGGGGUCAAACAUAUGAAGUUCUGGACCCUGGCUGGCAGUGCCCUGCUUUACAAGAAAGGGGUCAUCGGGUCCAUGGAGGCAGCCAAGAUGCAGACGAUGCUCUCCGUGGCCUUCGGUGCUAACUACCUCACUUUCACGGGUGCCAUCAAUGGAGAUGUCUACGUGUGGAAGGACCACUUCCUCAUCCGGCUGGUGGCCAAGGCUCACACAGGCCCCGUCUUCACAAUGUACACGACCCUUCGGGAUGGACUCAUAGUGACUGGUGGCAAAGAGCGGCCGACCAAAGAAGGAGGUGCCGUAAAACUGUGGGACCAGGAGAUGAAGCGCUGCCGGGCCUUCCAGCUGGAGACAGGGCAGCUGGUUGAGUGCGUGCGCUCCGUGUGCCGCGGCAAAGGAAAGAUUUUAGUGGGAACCAAAGAUGGAGAAAUAAUUGAAGUUGGUGAAAAAAAUGCUGCUUCCAACAUCCUGAUUGAUGGACACAUGGAGGGGGAGAUCUGGGGCCUGGCCACACACCCCUCCAAGGACAUCUUCAUGUCUGCCAGCAACGAUGGCACAGCCCGCAUCUGGGACCUGGCUGACAAGAAGCUGCUAAACAAGGUGAACCUGGGCCAUGCGGCCAGGUGUGCAGCCUACAGCCCUGAUGGGGAGAUGGUGGCCAUUGGCAUGAAGAAUGGAGAAUUUGUCAUCUUGUUGGUAAACGGCCUGAAAGUUUGGGGGAAAAAACGAGACCGGAAGUCUGCUGUUCAAGAUAUCAGAAUCAGCCCAGACAGCAGAUUUUUAGCUGUUGGUUCUUCCGAACACACAGUUGACUUCUAUGACCUCACUCAGGGCACAAGCCUGAAUCGCAUUGGUUACUGCAAAGAUAUCCCAAGUUUUGUCAUUCAGAUGGAUUUUUCUGCAGAUGGCAAAUACAUCCAGGUGUCAACAGGAGCUUAUAAGCGCCAGGUGCAUGAGGUCCCCCUGGGAAAGCAGGUAACCGAAGCCAUGGUCAUUGAGAAGAUCACGUGGGCCUCCUGGACAAGCAUUCUGGGAGACGAAGUCAUUGGCAUCUGGCCACGAAAUGCAGACAAGGCUGAUGUGAACUGUGCAUGUGUGACCCAUGCUGGCCUGAACCUUGUCACAGGAGAUGACUUUGGGCUGGUGAAGCUCUUUGAGUUUCCAUGCACAGAAAAAUUCGUGAGUCUUCCUUUGAGUAACCUCCCUGCAUUGCCUACGGGCACUCUUCUUCUGCAGUCUGCAGGACUAGAUAGCCAUCUAGAACACAGGGAAUCUUGUUCCAGACCUGUGGAGAUUUGGUGAACA